AUGCGUGCAUUCUUCGUUUUGUGCUUAGUUGCCGUUGCCUACGCCGAUAAGUUGGGCUAUAACUACAGUCCUGUGGGACAUUCCGACUCUGGACUUUCCUUCUCACCAGGCAGUUCUGGCAGCAGCGGAAGCCUUGGAGGAUUGGGAGGUCUUGGCGGUAAUGUUGGACUGGGAGGCAGUGGAGGUCUUGGAGGUCUCGGAGGGCUUGGAGGCAGUGGUGGAUCAGGUAGCAGCGGAAGCCUUGGAGGAUUGGGAGGUCUUGGUGGUAAUGUUGGACUGGGAGGCAGUGGAGGUCUCGGAGGGCUUGGAAGCAGUGGACUCGGAGGUCUUGGCGGUAAUGGUGGGCUAGGUGGCAGUGGAGGACUUGGCGGAAUUGGUGGUGGUAUUGGUGCUCCAGCUGGUGGCUCCGGAAGUGUCGGUCCAUCUUACUCUGCACCCGCCGAGUUGAACAAAGAAUUUUACACUUACACUGCUCCCGAUGAAGACUUUAAUGACGCUGAUGCCGUUCAAAAGGUUGCCAGCACUCUGAAAAAGAACCUACGUGUUGUUUUCAUUAAGGGACCCGAAAACACUGGUCUUGAAAACGCUGCCCUACAACUGGCUAAACAUGCUAGCGAAGACAAAACCGCUAUCUAUGUUUUGCAAAAACAAAGCGACAUCUCAGAUUUGGCUAACAAACUUAAUGCCAUCCAAAGUCAGAGCAGCCAUAAACCCGAAGUGCACUUCGUCAAAUACCGUACUCCUGAAGAUGCCGCCAAUGCUCAAAAAGCUAUCCAAUCGCAAUACGACCAAUUGGGUGGAAACUCCCAAUCGCACGAUGGUGGCGUGGCCCCAGUGCACAACCUCGCUUCCCAAGCUCCAGUUCGCGCACCCGAAGUGCACGCUCCCCGCAACGCCUACUUGCCAUCUUCCAUCAUCCGCUUUUGA